GAAAGAUCAGCGAAAUGAAUUAGAAUGGAUCAACAGAACAGAGAUCUCCUCGCACAAGUCCGCUUUAUGUGUCACCGUUAAUGGGAAUGCAUCAGCUGUCAGUACACACUGUCUCUGAAUUGUCUUGGCCCUUGGCUGUGGGGUCGUGAGCAGCUGCCAUGACGUACAGCAACACCAGCGCACUGACAGCCAACUUCAGUGGGGCUUUGGAUGGCUAUGACUCUGGGGGAAACAUCUAUCGGCCCUUCUCUGUUUUCAGCGUGCUCACUCUUACUUUACUGGCAAUGCUUGUAGUGGCCACAUUUGUGUGGAACCUGCUGGUGCUGGUGACCAUCCUGAGAGUGAGGACAUUCCACCGAGUGCCCCACAACCUGGUGGCCUCCAUGGCCAUAUCAGACGUGAUGGUGGCCGCACUGGUCAUGCCGCUCAGCCUGGUUCAUGAGCUCAAUGGCCGAUUGUGGAAACUUGGUCGAGUGCUGUGUCAGGUUUGGAUCUCCUUUGAUGUGCUCUGCUGCACAGCCAGCAUCUGGAAUGUGACAGCCAUUGCAUUGGACCGUUACUGGUCCAUCACCAGGCAUCUGGAGUAUACACUCAAGACUCGAAAAAAGAUCUCCAAUGUGAUGAUUGCACUCACUUGGCUGUUAUCCUCCAUCAUAUCCUUGUCACCUCUGUUUGGCUGGGGGGAGACAUACUCAGAGGGGCUGAAGUGCCAAGUGAGCCAGGAGCCAUCCUACACCAUCUUCUCUACAUUUGGAGCAUUUUACCUUCCACUCUGUGUGGUUCUCUUUGUUUAUUGGAAGAUCUACAAGGCUGCCAAGUUUCGAAUUGGCUCCCGCAAGACAAACACAAUCACACCAAUGGCUGAGGGAGCCAGGUCAGUUGAAAUAGCAGAGAAAAGAAAAAGGGACAUCAGGCCAUUUUUCAGUGCAGCAAAACAUCAAGAGAAAGCAACUCAGAGAACAGAGCUUGGCUCAGAGAGACAGGGACAGCCAGAGAGGGGCAGAGAGUCUCAGGUAAAGGAGGAAGCACAGCAGCCACAGAUGGUAUUUACUGUGCGCCAUGCAACCGUGACCUUCCAGACAGAUGGGGACACAUGGCGCGAGCAGAAGGAAAAAAAGGCGGCGCUUAUGGUUGGCAUUUUGAUCGGGGUGUUCGUACUUUGCUGGAUCCCCUUUUUCAUCACAGAACUUAUCGUGCCGCUGUGCUCCUGUGACAUCCCACCAAUCUGGAAGAGCAUCUUUCUGUGGCUGGGCUACUCAAAUUCUUUCUUUAACCCGCUUAUUUACACUGCCUUUAAUAAGAACUACAACAAUGCUCUGAGGAACCUCUUCUCUAGGCAGCGCUGAGCCAUGCUCCACAGCCUUGGCUGACACACCACACCAGCUUGUACAGUGUUAUUCCCCAAAACAGGAAAGAACAAAUCUGUGUCAGUCACUCCAAAAAAAAAGGGUGGUAAUUAGUAACUGUGUCUCGAGUCUUAUUAAUGUCAGAGUUCUUUGUUGAUUAAAGAAGUAACCUCCCAGCUGGACUGAGAUGGAUGUCUGAGUUAUUUAUUCUCCAAGAGAAGAACUAAUUGGUCGUGUUGUGAUGUUGUGGCAGCAGUUGAUACAGUGUUGUCCACAUGUUGGUUUUCUCUCUGUCAGGCUAAUAAAGGAGCAAGGCUCACUAACACCCAUGAAAACAGUUUCACUGUCAUAUAUGGCUGCAAAAGGAACAAAGCAGAGCUGGGAGAAAUUUUCCAAGAAAAUUCUGACAGAAGCGAAGAAAAUGAACCUCAUUCAUAAUAACUGAGAACCAACUGUGGAUUAUGUACAAAGACAUGAAAUUUAUCAUCAUAGAUGACAUUUCAACAAUGUAUUGUAGGAUCUCAAAGCCCUCAAAGAAAGCCAUGAGAUACUCUGAGACUUUCAGAGUCUCUUUGAUCUUAAAAAUGAGUAUAAGUUUGGAUAUUAAAGGAACGUUCUGUCCCCUAAAGUUGAAAGUAAAGCUAUAUGCUGUAUUUCCCAAAGGUAUUUUACUUUCACAUGACUUUCUGAGUGUUUAAAUGGCAGAACAAGUCAUUAUUUUCCUCAUCUUUAAAUAAACUGCUCUGCAUAAACCAUAAAUGAAAGCACAUAACUUCAGUUCUAUUCAGAUUUAGUUAUAUUUAAGAUUAUACAGAGAAAUGCUGUAAAAGUUUUUCCUGCCAAAAUUACAUAAGAAACAUGUAUAGUCAUCCACCUUACAAUUUUAAAAAUUCUGCAACAAAAACUGUUAUUGUCCAUGCUCCAUCUUUCCUUUCUAUUUAGUAAAAUCCCAGCAGGUAAUUAUUUUUAGGGAUCCUGCUGAAAGAGAAACAAUAUAACAAAGAGCAGUGAAAACAACCUCUCAUCUCUUGCCAUGGCAGAACAAAAAAACAAAGGAAUAAUAGAUAAGAUGGUCUGAGAAGUUAAUAAGAAUAAAUUGGAAAAUCCAUUGUAAAAUUAAACACGUCUGUAUGUCUGACUUAUGAAAUUAUAGAGAAUAUCCCUAAUUGUCCCCAAAAGCAAUUCCUAUUUUAAUGUCAUGUUUUCAGAUUGUGGAACUUUUUUUUUUUUUUCUUUGUUUAUUUAUUUGCUUUUAUUAAUUAAUUGACACUUUCUUACUGAAAAUGUUCACUGUUUAACUGUAGGAUCAGGGAAUGGAUCAUAAUUUAAAUGUGUUAUAUAAUGUAAUGUGAGAAGUUGAGAAUCAAUUCUCAGCCAAUAGUUGUGCUACAUGUAGUCCUGCAUCAUUAGAAAGCACCAUCAAAGUAUUGUGUUCGAUUUGUUUUUGUAGAAAAUUAAAUGUAUUACUUGAGACUAGCUAAUGCUGCUGUCCUGUGAAAAAUAAUGUAUGUUUUUAUUUGAUUUUUUUUUAAUCAUUCAAAAUAAACUUUUUUUAAAAAAAAAACUGAAAGUUUCAUUAAAAAAAUCAUUUUCUUUUGACAUCUAAACCAUCUAACAAUGCCUUGAUGGAAACAUUAGCCAUUGAACUAAAAAGCCAGCUCACAUUGAAUGGUAUUCUAA